GUGACUGAUAGUUUGACACUAAGUGUGGACAGGGGUCAGGACAGCGUGUGUUGUCAGAGCUGGAGUAUAGUGCCUGCAGUAUCAGUGCUGUAGAUAAACUCAGAGCGGCGUGGAGCAGAGUGAAGUGGAGGAUUUCAGACCUGAGCAACUCAGACUACAGAAACAUGCCGAGGUCUUUCCUGGUGAGAAGUAAACGGGCCCACAGCUACCACCAGCCCCGGAACCUAGACGAUGGCUACAGCAAACUGGACACUAUUCUGGCUCAUGUGUGCGCAGAGAACAAAUCUCAGGUGGCGUUUGAGUCCAGUUUAGAGCUCCAGGGGGAUGUGAGCGCCGGCGCUGACAGACUGUCCCCCGGGUCCGGCCUGCUGUCUCCGAGGUCGCUGUCCUCCAGCUCACCGCUGAGCAGCGGAGGCAGCGUGUGUGAUCGAUCCUCCGACUAUGAUUUCUGGCGUCCCCCGUCUCCCUCCUCAUCUCCAGACUCAGAGAAAUGCUCCACUCCAGCAGCGGAGGAUAGUCGCCACCUCAGCACGCCGCCUUUUCCUUUAGCCUGGACAGCAUACUCCGGCUCUGAACUGAGGCACCUGGUUCAGGGGUCAUACCACCACCACCACCAACACCACAACCACCUACAGGCCCACAGGAAGUCUCACUCAUCCGUCAGCCUCUACGGUGCAAAGGACAGCGGCUCAGAGCCCCUUUACGCGCAGCGCGGCCCCGAGGCAGGAUGCUACCAAGAUUUUUCUCCAACGGCCCUCCAAAUCUGCAGGAUGCGGGAUGCAGACGAGCUAUAUUUGGAUGUAAAACAGAAGCCCCACGGAUCGGAAAUCAAGACCGAGAGAGAUUUCGUCUGCUCUAAUCUCGAAGCAAAUGAUUCAUACAAGUGCAUUAAAUGUUGCAAGGUUUUCUCCACACCUCACGGUUUGGAGGUUCAUGUGCGGCGGUCACACAGCGGGACGCGGCCUUUUGAGUGCGGCAUCUGUGGUAAAACCUUUGGACAUGCAGUGAGCCUGGAUCAGCACAGGGCGGUCCACUCACAGGAGAGGAGCUUCAGCUGUAAAAUCUGCGGGAAAAGUUUCAAGCGCUCCUCCACGCUGUCCACGCACCUGCUCAUCCAUUCGGACACGAGGCCUUAUCCGUGCCAGUAUUGCGGGAAGAGGUUCCACCAAAAAUCAGAUAUGAAAAAACACACUUUCAUCCACACAGGUGAGAAGCCUCACAAGUGCCAGGUAUGCGGGAAGGCCUUCAGUCAGAGCUCCAACCUCAUCACGCACAGCAGAAAACACACAGGCUUCAAACCUUUCGGCUGCGACCUGUGCGGGAAAGGUUUCCAGAGGAAAGUGGACCUGAGGAGACAUAAGGAGACGCAGCACGGACUGAAAUGAGCAGACAUUAAUGCUUUUAAUAGGAAAUUCUGCACUUUUAAUGUACUCUAACUAUACAUAUGGUCGUGUUUUAUUUUAUUUUGUUUGUAGGCCUACUUCU